UAUACCGGUUAGGUAUAUAUAGAAAAGUUUAAAAAAAUUAAGAUGCCAAAAAAGCAACCUAGAAACGCAUUUUACUUUUACAUGCUUGAUUAUAAAGAAGAACAGAGAAAAAAAGGUAUCAACUAUGGAAAUAUGGCUGAGGUUGCAGAAGCCGCUGGUCCCUUGUGGAGGGAUGCACCUCCAGCAGCCAGAAAAAAGUUUGAGGAAAUGGCUAAGAAAGAAAAGCAAAAGAGAAAUAUUCCUGAAAUGAAAUUCACAUCAACUGGAGUUUCUCUUGCUGAAAUCGAUAGGCAGGAAAAGGAGCUCAAGGAUGCUGAGGAAACUGAACGCCAAGACAUAAAAAAUAUUGUAAAACUAAAGAGUUUUAAUGGAGAAAUAGUGAAUGAGGACUUUUAUUUAAUGGACGUGAAUUUCUAUUGCAAGGCUGGUGGAGAAUACUUAAUUGCGGAAAGUACUGUCCUGAGAUUUAAUCUAAUAGAUGGUAUUAAGGAUCAGUACCAUGAAAUAAUAAAUCCUGGCCAGAUUCCAGUAGGAUACGCGUUCGAAGUGAAGCUGGGCAGUCAAGAGAUGGGCCUGGAGAUGCCAGAUGAAACAAAGCCGAAGAGCAAUUACUUUCAGAUCCUGGCCAACCUAAUUGACUACCUGAAGCAGAAGGAUAGGAACAUGAAGACAAUGCCUCCUCUGUUCACCAUGCCAGAUAAAAUUGCGCCUGUACACGACUUCAUCCUUCAAAUGUGUACAAGAGCAGCUGAAGACGAUGGCAUCUUCCGUGUGUACAAGUUGGACACUUUGUUCUUUACUCUUAUCAACGCCAUCAAGAAUCGCAGCAACGAAGGGUUCCCCAAGGAAUCUCUGGCGCUCGCACAACUCAAGAAGGACCCUUUCAAGUACACUCCGGGAUUGGGUUGCGAGAUCCACGAGGAGGGCGACAAGGCGAUCGAAUGCACCACUUCGCGCGUGAAACGUUGGGCGUACACUGUGCUAGACUCGUGCUGCCCCGUGGCCGGGCUCGACGUGCGGCCCGGCGCGCACGUGCCGCACGACACCGACCUCGACGGUAUUCUCACGUACAAAGAGCAGAAGAGAGGACGCGCCGGCCCGUCUGUUGCUGGAAGUAUGUUCGGUCCGCCAUCGAGCAACGUGUCGGCUAUCAGCGAUUCUCACAAUGACACGGCUUCCUCUGUAGAAGCACCAAAGAAGAGGGUUCACGUUCCACUUCGGAUGCCGAAAACUGAUUACUCGCAAUCGAUUCGUCCGGCGCCCGAGCUCACCGAAACUAACUUUCCGAGCCUUUCAGCCGGCCACGGACGUGGUCGCGGUCUAUCUGGCAGUUUCGGUAAGAUGAAUAUUAAUAAGAAAUAAAUACCUAUGUCUUUGUGAUAUUAUGUUCCCAAGGUACUCACAGGGUAGUAAGGACAAACUUGUUAUUAUAAUUUGUAAUCAUUUUGACUAUAAGUUUUUUUGUUACGUUGACCUUUCAAUUUCAUAGUGUGACUAGGGUUGCCACCCGUACUCCAAAGAAUUUAAAAAAACACGUUUAAGUUCAAGGACUCUAUUUGUACCAUUAAAUGGUAUCAAAACCCACUCAACUUUUUAUUUAAAACAAGCUAUAAGCGUUUCAUACACGUUUACUCUUUAAAACAAUAUUUAAGAUAUGUCAAUAUCAGAAAUAUAUUUUGAACUUAAAUAAAUGAAUAUUUUUUUAUGCCAAGUAUUUUAUUUUGUUUUGCCAAAUAUGUAGGUAGGUACUUUAUUUGUUCCAAAAAAGGUGACAACCCUUACCUUUAUAAUUUUCUGUAUAUGCAAUAUACAAAAAAAAAUGUUUUAUUAAAGACUUACUUUUAGUACUUUUGUGAGAAGGUGCUAACUCGUGGUGUUCCAAUUUAUAUACAAUUAAUUUUUAUUGUAAUUAGCAUAAGGUUUAAAAUGAAAAAAAAACCGCAAAUGCAGAAUCUCAAAACUCAAACUAGCAUUAUCAUUACAGUAACUAUAUUUUAGUUUUUUUUAUGGUAUUAAAUUCUUAAAUAAUUUGAUUAUUAUAAAGUGAUUAUAACUGGUCAAUUGAUUUAUUGUUAAAAAUCGUAGUCAUUUCAUCAGUAGUUUUAAGUAAUAUACAGUAAUACUGUACAGAGAACAUAAUUCUAGCCUAGUUCCUUACUCACUCACUGAGAGUAGUGAAAAUAUUUGUUUAAAAUUGGUUGAUGUAAAUUAUAUAUAUACCUUUUUUAACGAAAGCAGUAGAAUAAAACAAGGCGUCUCUUUGACAAUCAUUACGUCUCUGAGUGGGCGGGCUCUUGUAUUUUUACAGUAAAAACAUAAGUUGACAUGAAUUAUAUACUAUGGCUGCGCGUUGAUGACGAAGGUUGAGUGUAUAUAAACCAGGGCUUGAAACCGGUUUCGAAAAUACCGGUAAACAAAGGUUAAUACCGGUUUUUAGUAAAGGUUUCGUUUGGAGCGCGUCCGAAAUGAAAGCGGUACAUAAAACCUUAAUAAACCGGUUUAAUCCAGAGCGACACAUGCACGCGUCGACAUCGCUUGAAGUUUGUUUAGUUUGAAAUAAUCAAGUCACAACUUGUUAAUGCAGAGAGAUUGGUGCAUUUAUCGACACGUUUGCUAGCGUCUAGUGAGUCAAGUUAUUCAUUUAUUAUCGAUGCCGUCAGAAAGAGCGAAAUGAAACCCUUUAAAACAGCUAAAUUGAUUCAAAACCUAUUUGAUUUCGCUCUUUAGGAAAACCGGUUUUUUAAGGUUAAGGUAGAGCCAAACCUAAAUAAAACGCUCCUAAUGUACUUGACACUGAUUAAGGUUUGAAAAUUAACCGGCAAACAAGCCCUGAUAUAAACUAAGCUUAACAAAUGAUAUUUUAUCUUUAAAAAAUCAUAACAAAACGAUUUUAUUCCAACUUUUGUCGUCAAUAUUCCGAUGAAUAGCAUAGAUAAUAGGUACUUUUAGUGUCAACUGUACAGUACAAAUCUCACCCCAUAAUCCCAUGCAGUUUUGACCAAAUUUUUGUCACUUAUUUAUUACUACUAUGUACUUAGGUAUGUGUAAUAUAUAAAAAAAUAUUUUAACGUUAGUACAGUUUAAUUAAGAAUAUCAAAAGAUCGAUUAUGGAUCUAUAUCCCAUUUCCGUUACAAAAAAACUUAUUAAGAAUAUUUUUUGAAAAAAAUUACAAUGACAAAAGUAACAUAAUUUGUUACGAAUUUCGCUUAUUGCUUGUUAUAAGAAUCAAUACGUUUAUCGAACAUUUGUUGCUUAAAUUUAAAUUUGCUAUUUUGAGUUGUUUUUUGUUGAAUUACUUAUACGUAGCUUAUGUUAUUUCGUGCCAUGUGCUUUUGAAAUUCCUACUUUAGAAGAUAAUACAGGGCGUUCCACGGGUUUGUCACACGGAAGGAAAGUAUAUUAAAUAUUGAAGAUUUAAAAUGCUAUAUAAUUAAGGCAAAAACUAAUUCUCCUGAUUUACCCUUACGACGGUUAUCUUAACAUGCAUGUGUUUUUUCUUUCAUAUUUCACGAGUUUGAUUACCGGUUUUGAAAAGCGAUUUUUUUCAAAACAGUGUAUGCAGUUCUACUUAUUAU